AUGAAUGGGAAAAAGGAUAGCAUAGAAAUUAGCAUUCCUACUAAUAAACCUGAUUCUGAGAGUAGUAUCAAAUGUAGCAUGAGUAAAGUUUGGUGUAUUUGGAAGGAAGAUGAAGUAAUAUUUGGCCUCAAAGCAGGACUAUCUGUAGUUGUAGUGUCCCUAUUAGCACUGUUUAAAGCCCCCUACCAUGUCUUUGGCACCAAUAUCAUCUGGGCCAUUAUCACUGCUAUCAUCGUCUUCGAAUACACUGUUGGAGCAACGUUUAACCGAGGUUUUAAUCGAGCACUAGGAAGCUUGCUGGCGGGAAUCUUGGCCAUAGCUGUUGUUCAUAUAGCGCUCUGGUGUGGCAGUGUCGCUCAACCUAUUAUUAUUGGCCUUAGCAUCUUCUUCGUUGCGAGCAUAGCGUCAAUGCUGAGAAUUUGGCCAUGGCUUGUGCAAUACGAGUACGGAUUCAGGGUGAUACAGAUAAGCUACUGCUUGAUCAUAAUCUCUGGAUACAGAAUGGGGAACCCAAUUAAGAGUAUGGUGGAUCGCUGGUAUUCAAUCGCCAUUGGAGGAAUCAUUUCAGUGUGUGUCAAUGUCUUUGUUUAUCCUAUGUGGGCUGGUGAUCAGCUUCAUAACGAUCUUGUAAAAUGCUUUGAUUCACUCGCAGAUUCACUCCAGGAAUGUGUAAAGAAAUAUUUAGAAGAAAGAUCACAACACAAGUCUGAAUUCAUCACUUCCAAUGGCAUGGAUGAGAUUUUGGGUGAACUAGCUUAUGAGAGAUGUCAAAGCAACUUGGUUAAUUCUGGGCCAAAGUUUGAAAUGCUGGCUAAUUGGGCAAAGUGGGAGCCACCACACGGUAGAUUCUUGCAAUUUUUAUACCCAUGGACACAAUAUCUUAAAGUUGCAGCAGUGUUACGCCACUGUGCCUAUGAAGUUAUGGCACUUGAUACUAUUCUACACUCAGAAAUUCAGGCACCGUACAAUCUGCGAAUUCUAUUUGAGUCAGAAAUCAAAGAGGUAUCAAACGAAGUGGCAGACCUUAUAAGGAUUCUAGGAAGGGACAUCAGCAGCAUGAAAUGGAGCCUGAAAAACUCCCAUGUCAAGAGUGUUCACAGUGCUACCAAGAGGCUUCAACAUUCUAUGCAACUCCAUUCUUAUCUACUUCUCAAAACUACUUCUGAAGAAGAUAGUGAGAUAACGACAGACUUGUUACCUAGGAUGAGGGCCUUGGAGAGUACGGAAGCAUUGUCGCUGGUCAACUUCACUUCCUCAAUCAUCGAGUUUGUGGCGAGGGUUGACUACUUGGUAGAGGAAGUUGAUAGGCUUUCGAAGAUGGCCAAGUUCAAGCAUGAUGGACAGUAGAAGGAAAAGGUUCAUUCAUCUGUGAUAGUACCACAUACUUAUGGAGUUCAACAAGACAGACAAGUUCUUAAGCUAUAGAAAAAUAUAUCAAUGGUUACCAGUCACCAGUACAGUGCUUGA